AUGACUAUCCAGGAAUUCAACGGACAUAUGCAGUCUAUAAAGAGGGUGAAUGAGAAGGCGUGGGCAUAUUUAGACAAGUUUUCUAGGCAGGCAUGGACCAGGGCUCACUACAAGGACUUUUCAAAGGUUGACAAUGUCUGCAAUAACAUGUGUGAGGUGUUCAACGCUGCCACCAAACCAUACAGAUGCAAGCCCGUGCUGACUUUACUGGAGGAGGUUAGGAGGUAUGCCAUGACUAGUAUGGCAAGGAACAAACUGAAACUCUCUAGCCAUGUGGGACACUUACCUCCGAUUCAACAAAGUAGACUUGCAAAGAAAAGGAAUUACAGUAGGUAUUAUACACCAAUGUGGUCUGGAGAUGCGGCUGAAGUGAUGUUUGAAGUGCAUGGUGAACCACAUAAUGUGGUGGUUGAUUUGGGAAACCAAACAUGUAGCUGCAGGUCUUGGCAGUUAUCGGGGUUACCUUGUCGUCAUACAAUAGCUGCAAUUUCAGUCAUGAAUGGUAGACCCGAGAAUUAUGUCCAUGCAUGGCUAACAAUGGGCUCAUACAACAAGACUUAUGAAUACCAUAUCAACCCGGUAAGAGGCCAACAGUUGUGGGAAACAUCAGAAUACCUCCACUGCUUACCACCUGUAAGGAGCAAAUCCCGUGGCAGGCCAUCACAUUAUGCAAGAAAAAAAGAUGCACAUGAGACACCUGUUCGGGGGAGCCAAGAGCGCACAGCAACAAAAUUGAAGAAAAAAUAUGGCAAAUUCACCUGCGGAACAUGUGGAGAUGUUGGUCACACAACAAGGAGUUGUAGAAUAGCAAAGAAACAAAAGGCUGAUGAGCUAGCAGCUGCUGCAAAGGGUGCUAAAGAUGCUGCAAAUAAGGGUGACACUGGUUCUAAAGGUAACGAAGGUGAGGUUGUUACUGAAGAAUGUGGGGUUGGUGCUGAAGGGGACAAAUUGAUACUCAAACAGAAGUUGCUGCUGAAGGGGUCUAGGAGCUGA